CUUGAAGAAGAGUUUCUAUCUUCAAGUUGCACUAACAAACCCUGCCACUUGUAGACCAAGAGGGUCCUCCGGUGUCAUCCCUUCUGCGAGGUGGUACCUUGACACCAUCGUUCAUGUAUGGAUUCGAAAUUCAUGCACACUAUGCCUGAAUGCCACGCGAGUUCCCGGUAUAAAAGACGUCCAGCUCUCUACUUCUCCUUCACUCAACCUCAGUCCAUGGCAGCAGCAAGUGUUCACUCCGAGACAGGAGUGGAAGCAUGGGAGUACAGUCCGAGCAUGCUAGACGAGGGGGAUGAUCCGAGGCUUCCACACAGACGCGUUCCAAAUUGCCCAGUCCCACUCGCGCACCUCCAUGAGCUUGGCGUCUUGACUUGGAAGCUCGACCUUGAAGCCACUUCUCUGCUGGAACAGAUUCGAAGUGAACGCGGCUAUCUCUACUCGGAGGUGCUCACUCUCUGUCGUGAAAGUACGCAAGAUUUCGAUGCUAAAGUCCAAGGCUUCUUCAAGGAACACACGCAUUCGCAGGAGGAAGUGAGGUUCAUCUUGGAUGGGAGUGGUUAUUGGGAUAUUCGAGACUUUGAUGGCAAAUGGAUCCGGUUUGCUGUUGGCAAAGGGGAUAUGAUCGUUCUUCCCGCGGGUAUGUCUCACAGGUUCACGCUAGACGCGAAAAACUACAUCAAGGCUUUACUACUUUACACCCAAUAUCCACAUAGAACGCAGCAUGACAAAGCGAUCGUCCAUAAACACAAGAACAAUCUUGCGGACAAUCCUGCUGCAAGGGACGAGUGAGACUGAGAAAAUAGGAGUCAAAAGCGCAAUCUCUGUCAAUCACGAUCUUUGGCCGCUUCCUCUCUCUCUCUCUGACUACGGAUCAGACGACGUCAAUCAAAACGCUAGAAGAAAAAUGGUAUGUCAUCAAUUCGAUCUCGGUCUCUUGUUCUCGGGCU